AUGUCACAACGUAGUCAGCAUGCUGUCGGACGGGUGGCUCGAACACAGUACCUUGGGGAUCAUAAACGACACUUGACUGAAAUAUUGUCAAUAUUACAGAAAGCAAAUUUUCAAGUUAAUCCAGAAAAAUGCUUUAUUGCUGUGGAACAAAUUGAGUUUUUAAGCCAUACCAUCAACCAUGAUUUCAUCCGUCCAUCUCAGGAAAAAAUCCAUGCCAUCGCUGGAUUGAAUCCACCAAGAACUUUAAAUGAAGCUAAUGAAUUUAUUGGAAAACUGAAUUGGUACCGUAAGUUUAUUCCACAUUUUGCUGAGAUUGCAGCUCCAAUUCAUAAAGUAACAAAUAAAACAAAAAAGACUAAACAUGACUUCCACUGGCAUGAUGAACAACAACAAGCCUUCGAAAAAUUUAAACACAUAUUGACAACGUAUCCACUGUUUCUACAAUUUCCCGAUUCAGCUGCUCCUUUAAUCUUAGCAACGGAUGCUUCCGACGUCGGCAUUAGUGGAAUAUUACGCCAAGAAAGUCCAAAGGGAACAAAAAUUAAUUAUUAUAAAUCUCGAACAUUAAGUGAUACUGAGAAACGAUAUGAUACCAUUGAAAAGGAGGCAUUAGCCAUAUACUGGUGCAUCACAGACUUACGGCAGUACAUUGGUGACUCAUAUUUCUCCGUCGAAACAGAUCACAAACCACUUGCAAAUUUUCACAAAAAGGACAUAAACAACAAACGAGUAAUGAAUUGGCUAUUUAAACUGCAAGAUAUUAUUCCACAAAUUACGGAAAUCAAACAUAAAUUACGGGACAAAAACACCGGUCCAGAUUAUUUGUCAAAACAUCCUACUUCCUCUCCAUGCGUCGAAACUACAUUAGAAAGCGACGAAGAACAUUGGCCUCGCGGAACGGAAGCUUGGGAAAUUAAGCCACCUCGUGUCAGCUCAUUUACUGCGCAAAUAAAUGCAGUUAUCACUCGUCAAGAAGCAAAACGACGGCAGCAACGACAACUACUGGCCGAAUCUCUUUCACGUCAUAUUACUACGGCCACUAGUCCAACGUCUGCAACUUCAACAUCUUCAAUAUCUCUUUCCUCAACGCCCCUAUUCAAUUUCAGUACUAAUCGCAUUCGUGGGGAACAACAGAAAGAUCCGGUUCUCCAAGACAAAAUUAAACAGGUUCGACUAAACCCAUCAAAGCAUGCCUUCGAAAUCCGCGACCAUGUUCUUUAUAAAUUAUUACCUCGUGGAAAAAUUAAUCGUAGUUUACCAUACCUUCCACAAUCACUCAUUAAAGACAUUUUAUUUACACAUCAUGAUCAUCCACUGAGCGGACACUUUGGUGUUGAACGAACUUGGAGAAAUUUAAAGGAUAAAUAUUAUUGGCCAAACAUGAAAGAAUCAAUUGAGCAUUACAUCAGAUCAUGUCAGGAAUGUUCGAAAUUCAACAUACAACGCAAAAAACCACCAGGACUACUUCAACCAAUUGAACCACCCGAUGAAGUAUUUCAAGUACUUGGAAUUGACUGGUGGGGUCCUGCUCCUGAAUCAUCAGUUAGUAAUAAAUAUGUGUUCGUCAUCACUGAUCGCUUAUCUGGAUAUGCCAUAGUUAAAGCAUCUCGGACCAAUACUGCACAAGCAACAGCUGAAAUAUUGAUGGAACAUAUGAUUCUGGUACAUGGUGCACCUGAUAUACUCCUUAGUGAUCAAGGCCAACACUUCAACAAUGACCUGAUAAAGAAUAUAUCGACAUUAAUCGGAUGUCAACACAUCUUUUCAACAGCUUACCACUCACAGACAAACGGACAAACUGAACGCUUCAACGCCACAUUCGUCACCCAAUUAUCCAAAUAUUGUGACGAAGAGCGCACAAAUUGGGAUGUUUAUUUACCAUCUGUUGUAUUUGCGUAUAAUCAUGGUCAACAUAGCUCCAGCGGAUUUACGCCAUAUCAACUUGCCUUCUGUCGAAAGCCACUGUUUAUAUUACAUCAUGUUUUUCUGUUACGUUCUUUCUUUCUUUCCUUCUUUCUCGCCUAUAUAUAUACACAGGCAUAUACUGUACGAGGAGAGGUCUUCGCUUUCGGAAUAAAACAUUUAUACAUACAAGUGAAGACUCGAACAAGUUAGGUGGUGCCUAACAACGCAUAUUAUUAAUAUAUUAUUUGUAAAUCUUAUCAGAGUAGUAGUCGAAAAAAAUAUUUAUCAUUGAUUAAAUGUUUUCAUUGAUGAUAUAAUUACUUAAAGAAAAAUGUGUAUGUUUAAAAAAU